CAAGCCCUAAGGAUCGUCCAGCGUUUGACACACCGUAGGCUCAGUCAAGUAGUUUGACUGAAACUCCGUGGACCGGCGACCUUCUGCCCCCAGGAGCAGAAUAUGCGACCCACGUUCCUCUCGACGUGGGCUAGGCGGUCCAGCCGCUGCAGUUUCAGCUGGCAGCCCGGUUCCCGCCAAGCCAGCUUUUAAAAACAAACAGCCGCGGACACCGGGCGUCCGCACGACGGCCUUUCACGGACCCAGGUUAUGGGUGCUACAUAUGUGCUUUCAGAGCAGUAGUGUGAGGAAGCUUGAAGUGGGAUGGCAGGACGGCCUCAUCCUUAUGACAGUAACUCCAGUGAUCCAGAGAAUUGGGAUCGGAAAUUGCAUAGUAGACCUCGUAAACUUUAUAAACAUUCAAGUACUCCCUCACGUGUUGCUAAAGGAGUUGUUGACCACACCAAAAUGAGUCUACAUGGUGCUAGCGGGGGACAUGAACGAUCAAGAGAUAGACGAAGAUCAAGUGACAGAUCACGAGAUUCAUCUCACGAAAGAACAGAAUCUCAACUCACUCCUUGUAUUAGAAAUGUUACUUCUCCAACACGACAACACCAUGUUGAACGAGAAAAAGAUCAUAGUUCUUCUCGUCCAAGUAGUCCUCGUCCUCAAAAGGCAUCUCCAAAUGGUUCCAGUAGCAGUGCUGGGAACAGCAGCAGAAACAGUAGUCAGUCAAGUUCGGAUGGUAGCUGUAAGACAUCUGGGGAGAUGGUGUUUGUAUAUGAAAAUGCAAAAGAAGGAGCUCGGAAUGUGAGAACAUCGGAACGAGUAACGCUAAUAGUGGAUAACACUAGAUUUGUUGUAGACCCAUCCAUUUUUACUGCACAGCCAAAUACAAUGUUGGGCAGGAUGUUUGGAUCUGGCAGAGAACAUAACUUUACACGUCCCAAUGAGAAGGGAGAGUAUGAAGUGGCAGAAGGAAUUGGCUCCACAGUGUUUCGAGCUAUUCUGGAUUACUACAAAACAGGAAUAAUUCGUUGUCCUGAUGGCAUAUCUAUUCCUGAACUGAGAGAAGCAUGCGACUACCUUUGUAUUUCUUUUGAAUAUAGUACUAUUAAAUGUAGAGAUCUCAGUGCCCUAAUGCACGAGUUAUCAAAUGAUGGUGCUCGUAGACAGUUUGAAUUUUAUCUGGAAGAAAUGAUCCUGCCUCUCAUGGUAGCUAGUGCCCAGAGUGGGGAAAGAGAAUGCCACAUAGUAGUUCUUACAGACGAUGAUGUGGUUGAUUGGGAUGAAGAGUAUCCACCACAGAUGGGAGAAGAGUAUUCACAAAUUCACCUUUUAAGGGAGAUAACUCCACCUGAAAGAGAGAAGGCGAGGAAGGUCCAUCAGUCUAACUCCCUGAAGUUCCCAGCACAUUUGGAAGACUCAACAUGUUUUAUUUAUAGCACAAAAUUAUAUAGAUUUUUCAAGUACAUUGAAAACAGAGAUGUGGCCAAAUCAGUUUUGAAGGAGAGGGGUCUUAAGAAGAUUAGAUUGGGAAUAGAAGGUUACCCUACCUACAAAGAAAAAGUAAAGAAAAGGCCUGGGGGCCGCCCAGAAGUGAUUUACAACUAUGUCCAAAGACCCUUUAUUCGAAUGUCUUGGGAGAAGGAAGAAGGAAAGAGUCGGCAUGUAGACUUUCAGUGCGUAAAGAGUAAAUCUAUCACCAAUCUCGCAGCCGCUGCUGCAGACAUUCCGCAGGACCAGCUGGUAGUCAUGCACCCGACUCCGCAGGUGGAUGAGCUGGAUAUUCUCCCUAUUCACCCCCCUUCUGGCAACAAUGACCUCGAUCCUGAUGCGCAGAAUCCAAUGCUGUGAGGCUGAUCUUCCUUGAAACCAUAGCAUGCUACUCUUCACGGUGACGCUGCGCUCCACAUUGUGCACUGCAGGGCCGCUCUCUUCAUCGUGAGAUGCACGUGACGGUGUUUAGGAUAUUGCAGUGUAGGCUUUUUUAAAGACCAAAGGUAGCUGAAUGGUUUCUUAAAUGAGUACAACUCUAGCAUUCUGAGUUCCAGUUAUAUAAAUGUAUUUGUUUACCAGUACGUUUGUGAAAUUGGUUCUUUGUAUGGGGGACAGUCCUUUUUCACACAUCUAGAUAUUUUCAGAGGUGGUGAAAAUUGGCAGCUGGGGUAUUUUCAGUUUAGAUUGAUAUUCAUCACACCCCAGAUAAAAUGUAGAAUAUUCUAUAGUUGCACUUUAUAAACGGUGGUUAAAUGGAACUGUUCAAGCCAUUUUUAUAGUUGUGAUGCACAAUAUAACUGAAAUAAGUGCUUCUAUCAAAGUAUUCCUUCAGUAAAAUGUGUAUAGUUGCUGCCCGUGAUGGGCAAAAAAGGAGUAUUUAUCAUUGGGCUUAUCUGAAUGAUUUGGAGGAGAUCCAAUGCCCAUAUCUUAUUUCUCGCCAGUGCCGUUUUUGCCCCUUUUAGAGUGAGUCACAUGCAGGAAGUGUGAACAUCAGAGGUGGUUUAUUAUCCAGUCUGCCUUACCCUUAAUCUGUUCAGAUAUUAAUUUUUUUUUCUUAAGAGUUAUGGGAUAGGAAAAUGAAGUGUUUGCUCUUCAUUUACUAAAUGAUUGUAAACUCGAGUUUUUCAUCAAAAUAAAAUUCCAUUGUUUUAAUGUUUCUGAUCAACUUCA